AGAUGGCCGAGACGUAAACAAACAGGUCGGGUGAAGCCUUCAUCUCUUACAACCAGUUUUCAGGGCGGCUCUCGGCACUCUCUCCUCCACUCCUCUACGGUAACGCCACGGGGCUGCGGUGCUCGGCCCCUGGGGGCUCUUGGUGGGCUGCAGAUGACUUUGUAUGAUGUCUUGGGUGUGAGCCAAGAUGCGAGUGAAACUGAAAUUCGUCGGCAGUACCAGGAGUUAGCGCGGCAGUUUCACCCAGACAAGUCUGCCGUGGAAGGUGCCAAGGAAAAAUUUUUGAAAGUGACAGAAGCCUGGCAUGUUCUAGGAGACACUCAGAAGCGUAGAGAGUAUGAUGAUCAGUUGAAGCGUGAAAAGCUUUAUCAAGAGUUUCCUGUAAGUGAGGAGUUAUUUCUUGAAGAUCUGGAGCGAGAUAGAGAAGAAGGCGUUUACCUUCACACUUGUCGAUGUGGAGGACACUAUACUCUGGCUGCCCAGGAUGCAAGAAAUUCAACAGAGAAGGAAGUUGUAGUUGCCUGUGACAAUUGUUCUCUAAGUAUUCUUGUUUUACUUAAUUGUGAUGAGAACACUUGAUAGAUAAAUUUUUAAUACAGAUGCCUGUUGUGAAACAAUUUUGACCACAUGUCUGAUAUAACUAAAAAUCAAAGAUGCAUUAUUAGGGGAAUUAAAAUGUGUGAAUGACUUAUUGGAUACUUCAAAAGCUAUUUUCGAAUUUUAUAUAUUUUCUUUUGGAAAUGAAGUUUAACACACAGAUGGCAUAAAUUUUAUUAUGGUUAAAAUAAGCUAUUCGUUAUACACUUGCGUAAUAUUUUCUCUUCAGAAUAUCAUAGCAGUUAGGUAUUGAAUCGGUCUGAAGGUAUGUGACAGCUAUUUAUAAACCACUACUGUAUUGUAUUGUACUCGAAGGAAAUGAAUUCAUUCAUAGUUUAAAUGUAAAUUAGCAUUCAAUUUCCUCUGCAUUUUUUUAUCAGUUUUCUACAGUUGAUGGGUUAUUGGAAUGUAUAAAGAUUUGUCAUUGUUAUUAUCAUGUAAUUUUUAACUCAUCAUCCCAACAACAUAAUCAUGAUUUUUGUUCACGUGAAAGAUUGUAUGAAGGGAGGAUAACAUAGAAGUAGUUAGCAUAACACACUCCUGCUCAGUGUUUGUGGUGGUCUCAUCUUGCUGUGAUAUUUUGUUUCUGCAACACGUAAAUACACCUACCUUCUGUUCUGUCUCUAGCAUAUAUGUUCAUUCUAAAACUAUUUUAAAAAGGGGAAGUUGGAAGGUGAAAGAAGUGAUCAAAUUCAACUUUGAAACCAAUAUUAUUGCAGUGUGUGAAUGGUGAAACUCUGAACACAGUUUGUACUGCAUAUGGCCACCAUGGAACAAGGAACUUCAUCCAAUUCUUUAAAGGGUUGUAAAGUAAAGAAGAGUAUUGAUGUGAGAAGACCAAGCUCUGUUUUGAGGCUGAUGCCAUGGGAAAGAAGACAUCAACAUUCAAUGAAAGAUUUUUUUGGGAGCCCUCGUAGGAAGAAAAGCUCUGUUCGAGACAGCCCUUUCAGAUGUUCGGCUCCUUCAGGUCAGAAUCUCCAUAGUGACUUGAAAGAAAUAAAUAUUAACCCAAAAUCUUGGGAUGUUAAGGAAAAGGGUAAAUGCUGUUUACAGAGAGAAAUCAAUAAAAUACAAGAUCUUCAGCAAAAUGGCAAUGAUAGUGUGAGUAAAGUGAUCAGCCCAAGACAGACUGAAGCAAGUGUAACGUUUACAUCGGGCAUUUGUGAUGGCAGUCUAAUAGUUCAUCAUGUCGGCAACAGUGAUGGGUGGCAUAUACCUGGUCAAGAAUCACUUUCUUUGGCUAGAGAUAUAUCAACUAGCUCAGUUUUGACCGGUAAACUUGUACACCAUCAAGGUGAAGCUUUGAGAAAUGUGGAUAACAGAGACAAUGUUAGCAACAUAGAUCACAGUGCAUCCUGUGUACAUGCUUUGUCAAACACACAGAUCUCGCUGAACUAUAACUGCUGUUGCCAAAGUAUAAUAAAUAGCACGGUUGACGACAAAAGUCCAGUCUCUUCAACUGAUAAGUACUUUGACAGUCCUUUAAGCAAGACUUACGUGUGUGCAGCUAAGUACAAUCUACACCAGCUAUUUACUUGUGAAUUUCCACAAGUUAAGAAACCUCUAAAGGAAAGGCUUUUAUGAUUUGAGGCCUACUGAUGUAAACUUAUUUUCCCACAAUUGUUGUAACAUGAAACUUCACAUUUUUGUUACUUUGUCUGACUAUAUUCCUGGCAACCAUCCCAGCUUAUAUUUGGGUCAUUUAGAUCAAGGGUCUCCAAACUUUUCAGUGUGAGGACAACAUUUUUUACAUAUUUUACAAAUAUUCAUGGCCCCCUAAAAAAUCUGUUUAAUAAAUGGAUAAUUUUUCUUUGUCAAUUGGCAUAUGAUAUUUCUGUUUUGUUCUAAAUCAUAUGACGAUUACAAAGAAAAGACGUUGUGCCUACACUGGAAUAUGUACGAGUAAAAAUGUCAAACCUUAGCAAAUGCUCUUGAUGAAAGAUUCAUUUACUUGACUGCAGAUGAGAACAGCAGGCUAUUAAUUAAUUUAAUUUUGUUUACUGAAAUUUUUCAAAUGCUUACCUGAAAUGAGAAAUUUCCUUUUCUCUCUCUUUUUCUACCUCAGACAUGGCCUAAUUUUUCCAAUUUUGUGGCACACAGUAAGGAAAAUAAACAAGCCUUAGGAAAGAAAAUCAGUAAAACUUAUAUAACAAAAGAAAAUGAUAGGAUUUGUGCACAAAGAUGAUGGUUACUCGAGAGAGGUGUUACAAGACUCUGGGCCCAGAUUUGUCUCUAAAGCCUCCUACACACCAACACUAUACACAGCAGGGACAAGGUUAACAUUGAAUGAUUGUUGUGGUUUGAGUGUCUUGAGAGCACAUGGCACACAUGACUGAAAAUGAGGGUUUGCCAGGCUAACAAAACACUGGCUGUGAUAUCAUAUGGGAAGGACCACAGUGGACAGGAACCGGGGAUGUCAACUGCCCGACUUUGUUGUUUAGAAAGAACCAAGAGAAAUAAUUAAUUGUACUAAUACAUAUUAAUUAUUAAUUUUGACCAGAAAAAUUUUUGUGGCAGGUUGGAUUUGGCCCACAGGUCACAGUUUGGAACCCCGUGGUCUACAUGAUUUAUUUCGAUAUAUGGACUGAGUAAGGUGGCAUUUUCAUGUGUAAAACAAAAGUGUGAAGUUUGAGCUGCAUUUGGCAUAUUGCAGUGGAGUAUGUUUUCACCAUAUGAGAUCAUACUUGUUACACAAUGGGAAUUGAUCUGAGUAAAAGUUUGAUGGUGGUAGUCUUAAUGGUAUAAUUCAUAGACAAAAAUGUGAUUGUCCCUUAUAAUACCAAACUAUUACAGAAAAAAAGGAUUAUAUAUAUAUUAUAUAUAUAUUAUAUAUAUAUAAUAUAUAUAUAAUAUAUUUAUAUGUAUAUAAUAUAUAUAAAAUAUAUAUUAUAAAAUAUCCAUAUAAAUCCAUAUAUGCAUAUAAAGUUACAAGGUGAAUGUAACUAUAACUCUAGGACCCAAGUGUUACUCCUAGUUAGUCAUGCCUUAGCAUUUGCAUAACGUUGCUGUCUUAGUCUCAUGAAACUCCAGUUUGUUCACAAGUUUGUUAGCCUUUUUCUGCAGUCUCUGGUAGGCUGCCUUUAGCUAAUAUUGACAUUUUAAUUUGAUUAUGUAGUGUAUUACUGUUGCUGCACUACAAAGACAAGCAUAUAUUGUAUGCUGAAUAAGUAUUGCUUCAUAGCAUUGCAUAAUAAACACCCCCCCCCCAGUGCAUUGUGUAGAAACCUGAAAUGUCAUAUUUUCUGUGCAUACAGCUCCCAUUUUAUCAUAUUAUAUAAUAAAUGUUUCAUUGCUUAUUUUUGUGCUAUGUUAGAUGUAUUGCAGUUGAUAUUGAUAAUAAUUAUGUACUUGAAAACAUGAUUAGUGUUAAUCA